UUGUCGUAUCAAGGUAAAAUGUGUAAGUUUUGCUAACGCUGGCCUCCACGCCAGAACUGACAAAAAGUUUACCUUGUUCGCGGGAGAUGAUAACGUGGGCGGGGCACCUCUUGUGUGCUAGUGCUUAUUAAGUUGGAUUUACCUUAUUAGCGCGCCCACAAGCCAUUCAGAGGGUGGCGUUAGGCUCACAUUGAGAGAUGGAUUGUUAUUACGGUGAAGUGCCGUUGGUUAUCGGCUAAGAAACAGCGCUUAGUUGACGAGGGGUGCAAGCGAGCUCCCCUUUCCCAGUUAUGCCUGUUGGGGGUGUGAAGCGGCUAGUUACCAUUCCUUGCAAGCAACUCUCCAUGGCUUGGUUCUUCCGCCUGCAGAUCGAAGGCGGUUUGUAAUGUCGACUGACGUGCAUGUAGCAACAACAAACAUUUGUAAUUGACGAUCGAUUGAAAGCGACUGCUUCAUUACCUAUUCAAAUAUACACAUCACUGUAGCAGCUAAGCUGUCACUCGCAAGAAAGCCAAACUGGAUUCAAACCGUGAAAACUCACAAUCAGCCAGCCGUGUGUGCCCUACCCGCUCUGCAGUAUGGACCAAACGGGGGGCGAGUAGAGGUGGUAGCAUGGCCACCACCAGGGGGAGGGGGAGGCAGAGGGGGGCCUGUCUCCCGAAAACAGAGAGGAAUACGAACGUAUGGAAAAGUGGAUGGACGAACACACAGAGUUUGUACAUGACUAUUUUUCACGGAAAGCGAAGCGCAGCAUGGUUGACGGGUGGCUGAUUGCUCAUUCCAUCGCCCAUAGCGGACUCCACCUGCAGUCGGACAGUCUCAGUUCGUCCAGUGGAUCCAACUCCAAACCAAGUUCAGGUGCUAAUACCCCAGUGAGAAAAAUCUCAGCUCAGGAAUUUGACAAGGGGGGCAUCCUGAAGCCGAUCAUAUCGACUGUUGAUGGGACCCCUACUUUCCUUGGCCCGUCCUCAUUGACGGGGUCAUGGCAGGGGAAAACCCGGAAAUCUAUGAGUGAACUAAAAGCUCUUGACGAGAAAGAGCUCAUGUAUGAGUUGGUCAUUGACAUUUGUAAUGAUUUAGACGUUACAAGUUUGUGCUAUAAGAUUCUUCUUAACGUCUGCAUUUUGCUAAAUGCCGACAGGUGCUCGUUGUUUCUGGUUCAGGGAAAGGGCACCAACGAAAAGUGGUUGGUAUCAAAACUGUUUGAUGUGAGUAGCGACUCAACGUACGAGGAAAUAUGUGAGAGACAGGAAGAGAUUCGCAUCCCGUGGGGUACGGGCAUCAUCGGCUAUGUGGGUUUGACGGGCGAGGUUGUCAACAUCCCCGACGCCUAUGAGGAUCCUCGCUUCAACAGUGAUAUUGAUGUCCAGAUGUCCUACAAGACCAGAAGUAUCCUGUGUAUGGCCAUCAAGGAUAGUGACGGAGAGGUCAUCGGGGUAGCACAGGCCAUUAACAAAAUCAGUGUCCGAGAUGAACCAUUUGAUGAACAUGAUGAGAAGGUCUUUGCCUCAUAUCUUGCAUUCUGCGGUAUUGGUGUGAAAAAUGCUCAACUAUAUGAAAGGUCUCAACUUGAAAACAGAAGGAACCAGGUGCUACUGGAUCUCGCCCGUGUGAUAUUUGAAGAACAGAGUAAUGUUGCUAACCUGAUCCACAAGAUUAUGAUGCACACACAGUCCUUGCUGCGGUGUGAGAGGUGUCAGGUGCUCCUUGUUGAUGAUCACUCGAAGGACAAAAACAAGCAGCCUUGGUUACCCUUAGAAGCGGGGAUAUUUUCACAAGUGUUUGAUCUCCAGGCCAGUGACUUUGACAAUGAUGACACCUAUAACAGAGAGGGUCCACAGGAGCCCCGAUUCCCUAUCAAUAUAGGAAUUACUGGAUAUGUAGCAACAACUGGGGAGGUGAGUGGUCUGGAUGUUGUCAGACGUCUUGUGUGUCCCAGGACAGGUGUCAUGAGGGAAAUGUAUACAUCCCUAGUGCAG